AUUUUAUUUUGAGGCGCACGUCACGCUAAGGUUAAAUUAAGCUCGUUUACCUUUACUAGUCUAACAAAUGUUUGGCUGAAUUAUGUUUAAGAGUGGACAAGAAGGUGCAUGGCAUUAGAAAAGAUUUUAUCGUGAAAAUUUAGCAUUCUCCGUUACAAUCUCUGUUAUUCUAACCUGACUAGACAAUUCUAAGAUGUUUCGCAGUGGUCAUGGUGGACAGGAGUUGACGGGAAAAGAUAGAUUUUCAGAAACAAAAAAUAAAGAGCUUUUAACUGUUAUCUCCCCCGACCAACCAACAGAAAAUUUAGAGACGUUCCACGGCAGACAGGACGAGACAGAAAUAAAUAUGGUUUCUGAUACUGAAAUCUCCCCUGAACAACCCACAGACAAUUUAGAGACGUUCCACGGUGGGCAGGACAAGACAGACCCUGAACAACCAACAGACAAUUUAGAGAUGUUUCACGGCGGACAGAACAAGGCAGACCCUGACCAACCUACAGACAAUUUAGAGAUGAUCCAUGGUGGACAGGACAAGACAGAAACAAAUAUGGUUUCUGACACUCAAAAUAUACUAACAGUCAUCCCUCUUGAUCAGACUAGUACAGACCAACUGAUGGACAAGGCAUAUCAGACUAGGAAGAAGUUUGAUGCUGGUAAUGAAUGGGGUAAAGAGUACCAGGGAAGUGUGUAUGGUAAAGAAUGUCAUGGUAAUGUUUGUGCUAAAGAAUGUCAUGGUAUUGGUUGUGGUAAAGAAUGGCAUGGUAAUGUUUGUGGUAGAGAAUGUCAUGGUAAUGAAUGUGGUAAAGAACGUCGUGGUAAUGUUUGUGGUAGAGAAUGUCAUGGUAUUGGUUGUGGUAAAGAAUGGCAUGGUAAAGAGUACCAGGGAAGUGUGUAUGGUAAAGAAUGUCAUGGUAAUGUUUGUGGUAAAGAAUGUCAUGGUAAUGUUUGUGGUAAAGAAUGUCAUGGUAUUGGUUGUGGUAAAGAAUGUCAUGGUAUUGGUUGUGGUAAAGAAUGGCAUGGUAAUGUUUGUGGUAGAGAAUGUCAUGGUAUUGGUUGUGGUAAAGAAUGGCAUAGUAAAGAGUACCAGGGAAGUAUGUAUGGUAAAGAAUGUCAUGGUAAUGUUUGUGGUAAAGAAUGUCAUGGUAUUGGUUGUGGUAAAGAAUGGCAUGGUAAUGUUUGUGGUAGAGAAUGUCAUGGUAAUGAAUGUGGUAAAGAACGUCAUGGUAAUGAAUGUGGUAAAGAAUGUCAUGGUAUUGGUUGUGGUAAAGAGUACCAGGGUUGUGUGUAUGGUAAAGAAUGUCAUGGUAAUUUUUGUGGUAAAGAAUGUCAUGGUAGUUUUUGUGGUAAAGAAUGUCAUGGAAAUGAAUGUGGUAAAGAAUGUCUUGGCAAUGUUUGUGGUAAAGAAUGUCACGGUAAUUUUUGUGGUAAAGAAUGUCACGGUAAUUUUUGUGGUAAAGAAUGUCAUGGUAAUGUUUGUGGUAAAGAAUGUCAUGGUAAUGUUUGUGGUAAAGAAUGUCAUGGUAAUGAGUGUGGUAAAGAAUGUCAUGGUAAUGUUAGUGGUAAAGAAUGUCAUUGUAUUGGUUGUGGUAAAAAAUGUCAAAGAAAUAUGUGUGGUAAAGUGUGCAAAAGUAAUAUUUUUGGUAAACAGUCGCAAAAUUGUGUGUGUGGUAACGAGUACCAAAGUAAUUUGUGUGGUAAAGAGUUUCAAAGUAAUUUGUGUGGUAAAGAGUUUCAAAGUAUUUUGUGUGGUAAAGAGUUCCAAAGUAAUGUGUGUGAUACAAAUUACCCAAGUAAUAUAUGUGGAAAAGAUUUCAACGGUAAAGUGUGCAUAUGUAAUAUUUGUGGUAAAGAACGUCAUGGUAAUAAUUGUGGUAAAGAGUGCAAAACUAGUGCAUGUGGUAAACAGUGCCAAGAAAAGGCAUUCAGCUUAUGUAGUAAAGGAUUUCAUCAGACUCGGGUCUUAAAGAGUCGCAUUAUAAAACAUAAAGGCUAUGAACCUUUUAAAUGUGGAAUGUGUGAAGUGGAUUUCAGUAAGAAUAAAUACCUACAACAACACAUGAGGAUACAUACUGUUGAUAAACCUUAUAGAUGUGAAGUUUGUGGUUCAGUAUUUCGCAUGUCACAUCACUUACGGAUACACACAAGAACACAUACUGGUGAUAAACCAUUCAAAUGUGAUAUAUGUGAUAAGGCAUUUAGACAAAGUUCUCAUGUGCUGACCCACAAGAAAACACAUACAGGUGAAAAACCGUGUAAAAUAUGUAAAUGUGAUGUAUGUGAAAAGGAAUUUAGUCAGCGUCCUGACUUAAACGGACACAUGAGAACACAUACGGGUGAUAAACCUCAUCAAUGUGAGGUAUGUGAUAAAACUUUCAGUAGGAAGGAACACUUACGACUACACAUGAAAAUACAUACUGGCGAUCAACCGUUUGCAUGUAAUGUAUGUGGUAGAGGUUUUAAUUAUAAAAUCGACGUUCAAAGACACUCAAGAAGGCAUUCUAAAUGUGUUGAAAGACCUUAUAAAUGUAAUAUUUGUGAUAAAGAUUUUAUUCGGAAACAGAACUUACAGAAUCACAUGAGAAUACAUACAGGGGAAAACCCAUAUGAAUGUGAAACCUGUGGUCAAACAUUUAGUCUUUCAAUUUUCUAUGCUAGACAUAUGGCAAAGCAUGGUGCUGAGAAGGACAAAUUAGUUUAGUUCAAAAUAAGCAAAAUAAGGAAUUCAUAUGGCUGACAUUCUGACCUAUAUUUCUAAGGGAUGAAACUCUAAACGAAUUGCCUUUUUGUAUGACCAUAUCUUCAUAAACGUUAUAUAUUUGACAAAUAGUGUUAAAUAAAUAGGGAACUAUCAUUUAACUUUAAAAAAAUAUUCUGAUUAAUGUAUUCGUCAU